UACGCUUCAUCCCAUGUCACAGCUUUGUCAUUCCCGAAUACUCAACAUGAUGCUAUUUUUCUCUAUGGUCUUUUCAAUGUUUCUUUCUUCUUUCAAUUUUCAACACUGCAUUUACUGAUCAAUUCAACAAUUCAACAUUUCAAGUUAAUCUUCAUGUUUAAGCUUUCAAGUUUUAACGAAUCAGUUCAACUUCAACGUUCAAACCUUAUUUUUCGCUUUUUUUGUCUCUAAUUUCUAUUCCAAAGUGCAAGAAGUAGUUUUAGUACCUUUCGGGAUUCAAGCUUGGAGGUUGGCCUUCAAUGGAAAAUGGUGUGUGAGAUUCAAGCUUGGAGGUUGGCCUUCAAUGACGUGAACUUCAGAGUUCAGAUCUAAAUUAUGUAAGGUUUUCUUUCUAUCCUUUUGAGAUUUUUUUCAUGUGUAGUUGUGUUUGAUUAUUGUGGUAUGGGGUGCUUAAAUUGGGUUAAAAUUUGGAAGAUAGCUAUAAAUCAUUAGAGUUUUGGGGACUAACAUCUGAAAAGGAUAUAAAAGCGGUCAUCUUUUCAUGUAUCUGGGGAACAAAAAUGAAGCAUUUUCCGCGAAUUCCUGUUCCAACUCGGCUGACUCGAAAGAAAUCCUAGUUGACAACGUUUUUUUAUACCCCGUGAAGAAUCGCGUUAUUUCGGAACAGUAGCUUAGAAAAACGUUCUAACUCGGCGAUUCGAGUUAAAACGACCGUUAUUUGGCACCAUGCUCAUGGCCCAUGCCAUUAAGAAGGCUCCCAUUUAGCGUGAAAUAUGGAAGAGUCGGAUGUACAUUACUUUAUUAUUAUUAAUGUAGCAACAAUAGGAAGAUUUACAUGAUUUGGGAAAUAAUACUUCAUCUUAUUGAAAGAAAGAAGGAUACACGCAUAUUUAUAUAAAAGUUUACAUUCAUAUAAUUUAAUUGUUUGGCGUUUAAGAGUGUAGCAGUGUUUGUUUGGCAUUUAAGAGUGUAGCCACUGCUCUAAGUAUUUAACUGGAAGGGACUUGAAGGCAAAAUCAAGAGUACUACCAGCAUGCGAUCUGAAACUAUCACUGACUCCAACGAGAAUAACAUCAAGUCAUCCGCAAAAAUAAGAUGGGUAAGUUUCAUUUUGGAGCAUCUAGGGUGGAAAUUGAACUCCUCCGCUUCUCCCGCUACUUUGAGGAUCCUGGAUAAGUAUUCCAUGCCAAUGACAAAGAGUAAUGGGGACAUAGGAUCUCCUUGUCAAACUCCACGUUUAGCCUUGAAGGUUUCUAAGGGGUUAUCAUUUAAGAUCAGGGAGUAUUGGGUGGAGGUAACGUACGUCAUGAUUCUCUUAACAAAUCGGGAUGGGAAGUUAAGAACGAUCAUCAUAUCCUUAAGGAAAUCCAAGUUCAAGGUGUCAUAUGCCUUGCGGAGAUCUACUAUUACUAUUACUAUUAUUUUUAUUUUUAUUUCUCUUUUUUAUUACUCUACAUCCUAACUCAUCUAUAUAAUCACAUAUUUAUUUACAAGCCUAAGACAACUUUCAAAAUUCUAGAAAAACUUUGAAUUACAAGUAUUACAUUAAUUUGAACAUUUUUAUUUGAGUAAUUAUAAAUAUACACAUACGAAAAUAGUCGAUAUAAACUAAUUCAAAAUCAUUAUUAAAAUAAAAAAAUCUCUAACAAUCAUUAUUUCAAAUAAAUAAUGACGUAAUAAAAUGACGGGGUGUUACAGGCCUCUUCAAAACCAUAUAAUGUUAAGGUAAAAGUACUUGCGAUAGAAAAAUAAAUAAAAGUUCAACAAACAUUUAAUAAUGAUCAAACUCAUCGGAUUGUUCAAUUAUAGGUUCUAGUGUCCACUCCUCACUCUUCCAAACCCACCUGCAAUCAACUUGCUAGUUGUCGAAUGACAAAAUCAUUGUACGUUCCAAAGAACAUAAACAAGUACACGUCGAGACUUCAUAAAGUGCAUUAUUUAAGUUACAUACAAGCAAUGAGUUCAUCCUAGCAUGCAAAAGCUAUAACAAUUUUAAUUCAUGUUCGACUUUUCAAUUUUCCAACUCAUGUCGUUGCCUGUCCUGUUCGGGUCGCCAGAGUCUUACCUACACAUGGA